AUGAAUAUAAACUACGGUGCCUCCGGGGCUUCCUCCUUCCCCACCCAGGCCCUCUCUUCUAGCUCGGCACGUCAUCCCUAUCCUCCCUGGCUUCUCUGUUCGAGCUUGGAGCAGCUCGCCGUCGUGUCGCGUUCAUCUCGCCGGUCGCCGUCGUCUCGCCGGUCGCCGUCCUGCUCUCCGUCAAAGGAGUUGGGAUCUUUCAUUUCUCGAUUUGAUCAUCACUAUAAGGAACACCUCAUGGGAGGAUUGAGAACUAUGGUUAGGGGGGGUAAAGAUAGCAGGUUGGAGGUUGAAUAUUUGAUCUGGCUUUGCUCCCUUUCAGAGCUUGAGAUUGAUAUGUUAAUUAGCUUGAAGUUGCUGAUCUUUCAGCGUGCAAAAACAAUAGGCUAUGCUGAUCUGGCUAAGAAAUUCAACCUUAAGUUUAUUCGAGCCAUUGCUGUUGUUUUGAUGGAGCAUCUUAAGGAAGAGUUAAAAGAUUUAUUGCUUGUUGCAGAUACGGAUAAAUCUGCGUCUUUUUUGGAUGCUUGUAAACUAUUGAAAUGUUAUAAGGAGGGUACUACAACUAUUGAAGAGCUAAUUACUGACAUCGGUACUGAUAUACAAGCAUAUGUGAGGAGGUUCAUCGAGAUGGACAACAGAGUACGGACCAUUAUGAGGACAGGUUGCUCAGAUUGUGACAUAGGCCAGGCUAGAUACCUUGUCCUAGUUCAUUGUAACAUUUCUUACGAGUUUUGAUUAUGUUUCUCGAAAUUUCAGCUUUGUUGGACAUCAUAUGACGGUCCCCAGCUCCAGGCAAUGUGUCACGACUGGUUGAGGAGUUGUCGGGAGGUUUACACGUGGAGGAUAGUGGUAUAGUUAGUAUAAACGUAAUACCAAACUAACAAUGUAUAGAAAGAGAGAUACAAAGAAUCGAGCACUAAAUUAAUGAAGGAUUAUUAUUAUUGCAUAUCAU